AUUCGGCUCAAUUCAUAUUUCAUUGUUAGCUAAAUACGAUACACAUGGACUGAAUGCCUCGUCCGCUGUGUAACAACUCUAGCAUGAGACAUCCUUUUGCAGUGGACUCCUGGAUUCCAUUUGCACGAGCAAAGGACUUCCAGGCUUGUCCGGCGUCAUGUUCUGGGACCACACGUCCCUUGGCAGAAAGUUGGAACUCGCUUGAAGGGGCCACGUCGGGGUGCCUACAUGGCAUGUUAGCGGUGGAUCCUACUAUACAGAGAGCUGUGCCUGAGUUCGUGGUGCAGGGAUGGCCUCUUCCAUCGAGCUUAGAUUCAAGAAUGGUGAAAGCGCGCGAAACUCUUCGCGCUCUUCGAACUUUCUAGAUUC